UUAGCAGUUUGUUAGGGCAUUUGGAGCAGCUACUGUAGUGUAUUUUCAGCUCGGGAAUAUUCCUUGUCCCGUGCGUGUGCCCUGCUCGCUGCUACGUAAAAAGUACGUUGCCGCGUGUCCACAACCCUCAUAGCCCAUAGCCAUGGCGAAGGCUCUGUUUCAGUCCGUGCGUCAGCUUGUUGACAAGGGUAGCGAUGAGCAGGCAUUUGCUACUCUGCAAGAACAGUUGUCCGUAUGCGAAGCAGGCGAUGUCCUUCACGAACUUUAUCAUCCUGAAAAUGAGGAUGUAUUGAGUGAGAUUGGCAGCGCUGUAUUAACACAUUGUGUUAGCUCUGAGCAAGGUAGCUCUACUCAAAGUGGUGCGCCUCACACUGAACAAGAGCUAUUGCGUCGACAAUGUCUCUUUUGGAUGGUAGUGGAACGCCUCAUGCAGGUUGGCAAUGCUAUGGAGCUGUGCUUGACUCUCACUGUGUUGUUUUCAGAGGAGACCAUUCCUCUGCCUCGACUCUUUCUUCUCCUGGGAGCUACCAGGAUUGUUGUAUCGCGUCUUGCUGAUGACGGAUGGCACAAGCAAGUGGCCCAUCUGAUUCCGGAGUUGCUCGACCAGCUCUGGCACAAACGUCGGACGACGAACGUCGCCGGUGUCGGCCACCCGGACCUCUCCGUCGUGUGCGCUGUGGACAUCCAGACGGACGUGGCCAACCUGCGGACGGCCCUGGCGGCGAGCGCCUGUCCGUUCCCGGCAUCGACGUCAGCGACCGUGCCACAGCCGGCUAUGACGUCAUCGCCGGCAUGCCUUACCGCAUCUUCACAUCAAACGAUUACGUCAUCAUCGCCGACGUCGGCGACGGGUGACGCAUCAACCGUGCCCAUGGCAACGAUGACAUCAUCGGCACUGGAGAGUGAUUCAGCAGGAGCUAGGAAUGGUAGUGCACAUGCUCAACAUGUUCAUGCCGCUAAUCCAAUAGAUAGUGCGAACACCGCUGAGGACGUGGAUUGUAGAAAUCUGACGAUCAAUCGCAUCUGUACCGCUCCGUGUGCUGGUCGCUCCACUACAGAUAGUCGUCAUCUGGCAUCGUCAGGCGACAGAGUGUCUGACGGCCAUUCUACGGAGCAGGUUCUUGUGUGGUGCGUGCACCAGCUGCUCAGCGUCCUGUUUGGCCUGGCCACGCGGGCUAGUGGGCGGACGUGCAAGUCGGCGCCGUCUCUCGACUCCGCCGGCGAUGGAGAACUCCAGCAAGUAGCAAUCACUGAAGCGUCGCGUAAACGUCAACGUCAGCUUGUCUUUGCGACGGUGAUGAGAGUGGUGGGUGGUUUCAUGGAGUACACAACGCAGCGAUGCAAAGAUGACCGAGGCAUCGCUAACCGAUUGUUCCCUCGCAAUCGUAAUCGACGUGUAGCAACCGUUGAGGCUGUGGGUGAUGACACCGAAGGCGAGCUGGAUCGGAACGUGUUCAACUGCGUUCUGCUCCUUUGUCGUACCCUUGACGUCGACACGGCAUGGCUGUUUGAAGCACCGCGUUCAGUGUUGAUGAAGACACUGUCCGUGUCGCAAGAGAAACGUGAUUCGCCCGACGAGGAAGACGAAUCGGACCCGUUUUCUGUGCCCAGUCAUGCACUGGCUUGUUUCAAGUCACUACUGGUCACUCGCAUGUACACCCUGUCCAGCCUGCCUCAGAUAUGGAGCACACCUCAUCUCUUCACUUGUUGCCUGCAACCUCUCACCGUUCUCCUGGCAGAUUCGGAGAACGGUGGUGCUGUGAAAAUUGCGAUGGACACGAUCGCUUUCCUGUGCCGCGAGUUUGCUGAACCGUUUUCCGUCCCGUCGGCGCAGUUCGAUGGCUUUCUUCAGUUGGUGAAAAGCCUGUGUCGAGUUGCGGGAAGAUGCAAACACUGGGUACAGACGGCGUGUGCUGGUCUGCGUGCAGUACUGUGCCUGUUCGACACCGACACCACCCUGCAAUAUGCCAAUGCUAUACUGAAAGACACCGCGACGUGUGUGCCGUUCAUUGCUGGUUGUGUUAUCGGCAGCGUUGUGGAUGCUAUGUCGGCCAUACUCAGUGAUAAGGCUCACAUUGAUCAAGUGCGUCACAGCGCGGCCUGGAAGGAGUGCAUAGUACUGGUAACCACUCUGCCGUUUGAUACAGAACAUUGGAUGAUCAACUACGACAGAUAUAUGUCCUCCCUGAACCUGGUUUUCUUCCUGCGCUUGGUGUCUGUGCAACGUGGUGAUGCCGACUUCUUUCUGGAUUGGCAGAGCAUGAAGCUGACCUACGUUGAUGCCAUGAGAGCACACUUCAGUUCACUGGAGGCGCAGGCCAGGGCUGAGCUGGAUCGCGUUCAGACCAAAGCUGGAUAUCGUCAUAGCUCUGCUGAAGAGAGGCAGGUUCAGCUACAUCAUCUGGGUAUGCUGUUGUCACGCAUCGCUACCAUUGCCAGCGUGGAUGACAAGUGAUGACGUGACGACGGCAGCAGACUUCACACCACAAAUGCGUGAAUCCUCGCCACCCUGUAUCACGUACUGUGCAAUGAAUGCAACGGUUCGGUUAGACCGUCAGUCGGAAGUGUAGCAAGAAGCUGUCCAUCCUCAGCACACUGUAGCGUCUGCGUCGUGUUUUUUUUUUAGUGUAGAAGCUGGCCGACCUAUCUUCACGACAACGUGCAAUCGAUUUACCCAGCAUAUCCGUUACACGGCCCAGUGUGAGAUUUCGGUACUGUCCCCACGCUACUACGUAACCAACCGACAGCAACAGCAACAGCAUUGACCACCCUCCUGCUGCUCCUGCUACGGCUGCUCCUCAGCAUGUCACAAGCCAGCCUAGCUAGCACGAACAUAAUGCCACGCAGACACCGGAAAAAGAAGAAGAGAAACUCGAGCAGCAUCAUGGUGAGAGAGCCUAUUCUCACAACAUGCUGUCGGCGCGAUUCUCUCAGGUCACACACGCUCAUGCACGUGAUCGUUGAGACAUACUCUGGCAACUCCCGCCGUCCCGGUCGAUAACGCUCGGGCUGCUGCUACUACUCGGAGUUCGUACAGCCCGCCCCAGGCCACAGUACUACUAGAGACCACGACGACUACUGGUGCAUAGUGGUGUCAUGGCAACGAGUAUGGUCAUGACGACAAGCGUGGCCGUGGUAACGAGUGUAGUCAUGGCAAUGAAUGUGGCCGUGGCAACAAUACUUAGUGUGGUCAUGGUUACAUGCUGCAGGGUAAACUAAAUUCGACCGGACAGAUAGUGUCACGAGUCUUCAUUGCAUGAAGCUCUCUUCUUUGGAGCCUUUGGAGCACGUGUGCACAUGUGGAUGGCGAAAGGCAUGUCCUACUUAGCUAUCAAUCAUACUUGAUUCCUAGUCAUCCGUCCACUCAGCAAGAUCUUGAUUAAAUUUUGUUUGAUUUAUGUUAGGCCAUUCAGUAAGAUCUGGAAUCAUGAUCAGUCUUUAUAAAUGAGACAUGUACAUUAUUCUUUAUUUCCAUGAUGGCCCAUGGCCAAUAAGGAAGAUAAUAAUGAUUCAAAUGUAGUCCAGAAUCAUAUAAAAUCAGUCUAGCAGACAUAGUAUGUACUGGCAGUAGCUACAGGCGAUAGUUCACCACCACCACCCCCCCCCCCCCCUUGCUGAC